AAUAUUAAUUUAAGCUAUAUCACCUAUAUUCUGUUGUUUUUACCAGUUUCAGGUGCCUGAUCAAAUGUAAUAUUUAUUGCAAAUAUCUUACUAUCGACGACAUAUACCUUAAUAACAAUGGUGGCAGGAUAGCGGAAGUGGGCUGUAACUUAUACACCACUAUGACUUGUUGACAGUUCGCGACAGCACGUUGUUUGUGGCACUCCCACCAACUUGAUGUUUUCAAGUCUUUAAAACGUUUUGACCAUACAGCAUUACUGAUGAAGUCAUGAACGACAGCAGUAAAAUGAAUACCAGUGAUUUUCCUAUUUUGGAAAAACCUCCUCCUCUCCCUCCCAGACAGCGGUCACUACGGAAAUCCGAACCCCCUUCUGUUGGUUGGACCACACCUGAAGCCUGGGGCCCAGCUACCGCAGUUAACAGUCAUGGAAGAUAUUCAGCUGGUGCUAAUAUGACAUCAAAUUCCAUGAAUGACCCCAGAUCUACCUCAGCACCUACAUUUAGAAACUUUCAAGCACCAGGGGCUAAUAAUUUUGAAAAGUGUUCAGGAAAACCAAAUAAUAUAGCCAUGUCUGAAGCUAGGACAGGGCAGAACUCCCUGAUAUCUCUGUCACCAGAUAAUACACUUAGACAAAACCAAAUCCCAGCAAAUGUAUUUAGUUCUGACUUGGCUGGUAUUGACUUUUCUGCUGCAAGUAAUAGUUGGACAGCCAGUGAAGCUACAAGUCAGCAGAACUCUUCAGAUAAAGAAAGUCCUAAGAAAAAUUACCAGGAAUUUAGACAUGUUUUUUGUGAUACAAUAGAGAAAUCCAAUCUACCAAAAUCAGAAAGUUAUCCACCUGUUGUUGGGGGUGCAGGGACUGCAAUACGGAUGGAAUAGCAAUUUGUUUAACAAUGAUCCUUGGAAGCCUUUUGGCACUACAACCAUGGAAGUUUCAGGACAAGGAUAUGCCCCUAGUGCACAGUCAGCUUCUGUAUGGCCCACAGGCCCAUUUCCCCAUCAAGCAUUUAGCCAAAAUAACUUUGUGACACCUGGUACACAAACUGGACCAUUUGCUCCAAGUUCUAGUCAAUUCCCUAAUGUGCCAGCCAAACAACCUGUACAGCGGUCCCUCUCUACAUUUUCUAAUACAGAUUUCAACAGUGUUGUACUACCUCCCUCAUCUGGUGCUGAUGGUAAUUCUGUUAAUAUGAGUCAAACAUCUACAAACACGAAUGAUUUGCAAAAUAUUUUUGAGUUGGAUAGUAUUUCACAGUGGGAGAGAGAUCUUGCAGCAGAAAAAUCCAAUUCUGAAAAGUCUAAUGACCUGAUGGAAUUCUCUCCUUCUGAGGAAAAGGAGUAUUUAUCGCUUGAUUUAUUUGAUCCAUUAUAUGAAAGGACACGGAGGGAAUCAUUUACCUCUCCAGAUCGGGUUCCUUCCUAUUUGAUCGGUGAUUUAAGUGAAAAGGAAGUGACUCCUGAGGUGAGACAACCCUCCAAUGAUCAGGUAGAGACAAAGCCGAGGGGAAGCGGUGAAUCUCUGUAUCCUACUAAAGAACUGCAGGCAGCCAGAGAUUCAUCAGAUAUGGUUGAAGAGGAGCUGGAGAAAUUCCUUCAGUAUACAGCAGCUGAAAGUGCAAAGAUGACUGAAAUUGUACCUCCCCCUCGCCCACCCCCUAUCAAGGUUUCAACAAAGUCAUAUGAAAGUCUACGUAAGCGACUUUUUGUUGAUGAUGAAUCACAUGCAUUUUGUCAGAUGGUAGCAGAUUUGAAGUCACAAUACAAGUCGACAACUGAGGACUGUAACUUGGGGUUUGUUGUUAGCCCUUUGUGUGAUAAACAGCAGCCCUCACUCUCCGUGAAAAUUGUCAUCGACUCGGACUUUUCUACAGACCAAAUUUUGUUUACAUGUGAUGUCCAUACCCAGGUGGAACACGUAGUGUGUAAUGUGCUGUACAACCAUCUCACAGACAUAUCCCAGAGUUUCUCAUCCAAAGAUUUUAUCCUCAAAGUUACAGAAAGAUCCGAGUACCUCCUCAAUGACCAAGCGUUGUCCAAGUAUGAGUAUGUCCACGAGUGUUUGAAGCUUGACCAGGAUAUACGAUUUACACUGAUGCGACGACAAGACGUUCUCCUGCCUUUCCUCAGGACGGUGGAUGAUGAUUCCCAGAACCUUGUCUUUCCUAAGGAUUACAUCAAAACAGACGAGGCUGUCGUCACAAGGAACCAGUUAGAAAUUCUGAUAAACAUUUUCUACACACAAGUGGAAAAAUUGAGGGACCACAUACUGAAGAAUGAGACCAAUGCAAUACGCUUCCGCAGCCUACAACAGUCCGUUAAGGCCAUAUGUAUGACACUAGCUAAAAUAGAGACCAUUGACAUCACAAAAACUCUACAUCGGGCCGAGGGUAUUGUACAACAGUUUGUGAGUCAGGAAAGUUUACAGAACUAUGACAAUGAGGUAAAGAUGAAGGCUCCGGACCAAGAUACGCAAUUGGCUAUUAAUAUGGCUGUGCGAUGCUCUUUGAUAGAAGAACUGGAGGAGGUUCUCGACCAACUGCUGGUGACUGUUAAACAGCUAGUCAAGAUGUACUGUCACACAUUCCAUACAGACUACCUACUGGGUACCGCUGUACAGCCAGUCAGGGAGACCAAACCUGUUGUGGCAUUGGAGGACAACUUCAUUCUUCAUAUUGCCACAGUCCACCGCAUCCCUGUCACCUGGGCUCAGAAAUAUGAUGAAUAUAAGAUCAUCUGCAGUCUUCAUUAUGGCAGACAGAAGAUUGAUAUUGAUGUUGUGACAACAUGUAAAACCAUCUCCAAGACCGAACUUUGUGGACUUGAGUGUAUACUGUGGGAUGAAUGGGUGAGUUUUGAUGAAAUGCCAGUCCAAGUGUUGCCAAGGGAAACCAGAGUGUGCAUGACACUUUGUGGUGUCAAGGUGGUCCCCAAUAGCAACCAGAAUAAUCCACAGGGAACCAAGGUUUUGUCACCCCUAGGUGGCGUUACUGUACAACUUUACAACCAGAAAGGACACCUUAUCAGUGGUAACCUGUUGGUUCCCCUUAAGAUGUACAGCGUGGCCGACCCCUUCAUCCCUUUCUGUUCCUCACUACAGUCGGAUGCAGCACUCAUGCAGAUCAAUCUUCCUGACUUUGGAAAACAGAUAGUGUUCCCUGAAGUUUACAUGCCCAAAUCAAGUGAGAAGAAAGCAUUUUCGUCUUUGUUACCAGAAAUACAGAAAAUUGUAACAGACACUAUGGAAAAGGACUGUGUGUCAUCUUGUCAGGCAGAUGAACUGGAGAUACUUUGGCGUUACCGUAACUAUCUACACGAUUUCCCGGAUGUGUUGCCAUGGAUACUACAGGGUGUGGAACGCUGGGAUUGGGCGAGUCUCUCUGAGGUUUACUCAUUACUACAGAACUGGGGUGGUAUAGACCCGAUGCAGGCUUUGGAGCUGCUCCAACCACAAUAUCCCGACAUUACAGUGAGGAAAUUUGCUGUUGACUGCCUUAAGAAAAUGGCAACAGAUGACUUGAUUGAGUUUAUACCACAACUGAUCCAGGCCCUGAAGUACGAGAGUUAUCAUGCCUCAGACCUGUCGCGACUUCUACUGGAACAGUCCUGCAAGAGUAUCAGAUUUGCUCACAAGUUCUUUUGGUUGUUGAAAGGAGCAGCCCAGGAUUGUAUCUACAAACAUCGAUAUGAACUUAUGUUCGUUGCCUUGGUGAGUGUGGCGGGUGACGCCCUCUACCAGGAGUUUAGAAAGCAAGAGGAACUAGUUAAGAUUCUUACCACGGCAGCCGAGAAAGUUCAGGUGUCUAAGGAGAAGGA